CACUUUCAACAUCCACAAUUACAAACAUAUAUCCUCCUCCUCCCCUUAUCCCUAGCUUCUUUGCUAUAGCUAGAGAUGAAUCUUUUUUUCUUCUUUCUCCUUCCCUUCUUAUUAUACUCUUUCUUUUCACUUUUCAAGUUGAUUCUUCAACGUAGAGGCCAAUCAUGUUACAUGUUGGCCUACGAGUGCUUUAUGCCUCCAGAAGACACCAAACUCAACACUGACUCCGCCACAAAGAUUGUCCUACGAAACAGAAAGCUGAGGUUGGAGGAGUUGAGGUUUCUCCUCAAAACCAUUGUCAGUUCGGGGAUUGGGGAGAACACUUACUGCCCCAGAACCGUUCUUGAAGGGAGAGAAGAGUGUCCAUCUCUUAAAGAGACGUACGAGGAAAUAGACGAGAUCAUGUUCGACACACUCGACAACCUCUUCAAGAAGACGGCUAUUUCACCCUCCCAGAUAGACAUCCUCGUAGUCAACGUGUCCUUGUUCUCUUCCGCACCUUCUCUGGCAGCACGUAUCAUAAACAGGUACAAAAUGAGAGAAAACGUCAAGGCUUUCAAUCUUGCAGGAAUGGGGUGUAGUGCAAGUGUCGUCGCUAUUGAAGUGGUGCAGCAACUCUUCAAGACUUACAAGAACUCUGUCGGGAUUGUUGUGAGCACUGAGGAUCUUGGUGCACAUUGGUACUGUGGAACGGACAAGAAAAUGAUGCUUUCUAACUGCCUCUUUCGCUCUGGCGGCUGCUCUUUGAUGUUUACAAACAAGCCUUCUCUGAAGGACCGUGCAAUAUUGAAACUGAAACACAUGGAGAGGACCCAGUACGGUGCUGAUGAUGAGGCUUACAACUGCUGCAUGCAGGUGGAAGAUGAGCAGGGGUACUCGGGUUUUCGCCUCAGCAAGAGUCUUGUCAAGAUUGCCGCUCAAGCCUUGACGAUGAACCUUCAAGCGAUGGCACCCAAGAUUCUGCCAGUGUUGGAAAUAGUAAGGUUCCUUUUUGUCUCUGUAAGGUACAGUGGGAUGAAGAAAAGGGAAAUGAUACCCUUUUUCACUGGGCUGGUUCUUGGCAAGAACAAGUUAAAGAAGACAAAAGUGAAUCUGUUGGGAGGGGAGUUGAAUUUCAAGACAGGAAUAGAGCACUUUUGUGUGCAUCCUGGAGGGAGGGCAGUUAUUGAUGGGGUUGGAAAUGGUUUUGGCUGA